AUGGUCAGGGGAGCCACCACCUGCAAUGAGCUGUUGUGUGAGACCGGUCAAUUGACCAAAGGCGGCCAGUGCACGCUCUGGGACAGCCUAGUACCACUCGAGAGCAAGAGAGCAAGAGAGCAAGAGAGCAAGAAAAGGGACCGGGUGCCUUUCUCCAACUCAAACCGAGUUUCAGGUAGAACCGACACCAUCGAGGCUGACACGGAGCUGAAGGUGCGGGACAAGGUUGUGCCAGACAAGAGUGUGCAGGCUCUUGUUUCGCCCUGA